CUGCAGUUAACAACGCGCUGAAUGAUUCGCUCCCGAAAAAAUUAGCGCGUGUGCCUCGAAAUAUUUUAAAUCGCCAACGUGCGUGUGUGUGAAUAAUAAUAAUAAUAAUAAUAAAAUAGGAAAAGCUACAUUUUCCAAAGCUAUUUACGCUGGCGCGGCUAUAAAUAGAAAACGUAAAGCAAACACAGGCCUUUUUUCGCUUAUCAGAGUGCAAAAGACGAACAAUGGUGAAGGAUAUUCUCCAGCGGUGCAAGCCGAUACCGCUGUACAUCGUACUGGUGCUGUCGAUCUGCUACUUCGUGCUCCAGCUGAUCCUCAGCCACUUGACCCAUGGACUCACUCUGCUGAUGGCCAGUCAUCACAUGCUGUGUAAUAUUUUUGCACUCGGAGGUUGUAUCAUCACAAUUAAGCACAGCAAACAAGCGCCGGAGCCGAGGAAUCCUCCACCCGCCCUGACCAAGAUAAAUGGCUCCGGAGUGGCUGUCAGCUUGGCCGAAACGGAUGCCCAAACACGGGCCAAAAGGGAGCGUCGGGAGCAGAAGCUACGGAAUACAUUCGGUUGGGCCAGGAUCGAUAUUUUGACCAUGCUGAUUGUGUUCAUCAUCCUGGCCUCGUUAUCCUUUUCGCUGGUGGUGGAAGCUCUGCAAACUCUGGUUCACAUCGAUCAUCAGGACACGAUGCAUCUACCCAUACCCGUGAUGAUGCUGGGCUUCAUCGGGCUAAUCCUGAAUGGACUAACAUAUCUGCUAAUUGGCGGAUACACGCUGCACCAGGGAAGCUUUCUGCACCUCACACCCGGCGGAAACGUGGUGCUGGAGCGACCCAUGUCCAGCAACUUGGAUGUAUCCCUGACUCCGAUGCAAAGACAGCUCAGCAAAUCCCAGAACGAUCGUCAGUUGCGCGAGCAACUAGAGGCGGAGGUGGGUAGUGUUUACUUCGCCACCAAACGCCAGGGAGCCGUCGAAAUGCUGCGGGAUGUGUCCAGUACCGUAUUUGUGAUCGUUUGCGCCGCAAUCGUCUAUGUGGCGGAGGAUGAGCAGCACACGGCCAAGUUCAUUGAUCCCGUGCUCUCAAUUUUCUCCUGCGUCCUGCUGGUGACGCUUAGUUAUCCCUACAUGAAGGAAUCCUGCUUGAUCCUUCUGCAAACCAUCCCUGGCUCCAUCGACUUGGAGAUCUUUGAGCGAACCUUGGUCACCAAGUUCCCGGAGAUCAUCAGUUAUCACGACCUGCAUAUAUGGCAAUUGGCCGCCCACCGAUACGUGGCUACCAUACACAUCCAGUUCCAGAAUCCCAAACUCUACCUCCAGAUCAUCGAACGGGUUCGGGCAUACUUCCACGAUCAGGGAAUCGGAGCGGUCACAAUCCAACCGGAGUUCUAUCCGUCCACCAAUAAGAAUGCCUCUGCCUCGCUAGAAUGCCUGAUGCAGUGCCAGGCAGUGGAGUGCAUCGAGAAGGUUUGCUGCAGGGAUUCUCGCACCGAUCUCCGCGAGGUCUGUGAUGCUCCUAGCGGCCGAAAGUCGUCUUCUCCAGCCAAGUGUGCAGCCAGUAGCCACGAACAUAGCAGAGCCAAAUCCAAGUCUUGCGCUGAACUCAGUGCAGUGGUUGUGGAGAAACCUGAGGAACUAUCCGCUGGCCAGCUACUAAAGGGUCAAGAUCAGCAAGUAGCGAAGUCCAUGCCCAAACUGGAGGAAACUUGUUCGGAUGCGACGAAAGAGGAUACAGCCGAGUUAAACGGCAGUCCACCUGGGCCAACGAGUAGCGAUUGAUUCCGUUUCACUAACUAUAGUUUUCAAUCAAGGCUUAACGAUUUUAGCUAGUUCUUAAGUUAGUUUACGAAUUUGCCAUAUAGAUAUAUGGAUAUAUUGACGUUUGAGCUUAUUUUUUAAACAAGACGCUUAAAUGCACAGGUUAAACAAUUUUUGUGACGAGAAUGAAGGAGAAGAAUGUACAGUACAUUUCAUGCCAAAUCAUUUUAUAUAUUUAAUGCAGACUUAAUCAAGUUUUAGCGUUCGCUCAAAAUAUUAACGUUUGAUU